AUGUCUGCCGUAGCAGACGGGGCUUCCAGUGGUACCAUUCAUCAAAGUCUUCAGAACAGCUGUGUCGAGUUGUUUGCGGAGCAGUCUUCGUCUGUCGGCGCCGGGAACGGAAACCAUCCCUUAUUUGAGUGCUCGGAUUUUCUUUCCUCCUGCGAUUCCGCCCUCCCUGCCGCGCCGCAGUACCCGCCGUUUUCUGUCGGUGGCACCCGCGAAUCUCCUUUCGUCUCUGGUGGCCCUCCUACCUUUGGGCAUCCCUUGAGCGUCUCGGCUUCCUUCGCGGCGCCGUGUUCGCAGCGGGGCACACCUGCCGGAGGCAGCUUUUUGUCACCCGCGCAGUCUUGGUUGAAGACGUACUUCCCCAGCGAGAAUGCAGUAAACAGUCGCAGUUCUCUGGAGCCCGUCAUUCUGCCAGGUCUGCCGUCCGCUUCUUCGCCUUCGGGUUGCGUUCCAGCCUUUCCCACCUUCUUCCCCGUGCCCGUCGGGCCUACGCCCCUGUCUGGCGUCGCCGCACCGUGCAGGUCUCUCGCCAAACCGCAGCCGGCGUCUCGACUCCAGCUGGGAGAGGAGCCCGAGGGGCGCGAAGCUGCUCGGACGGGGAGAGGGGGCCUUUUCCCAUCGCUAGGUGCUCCUGUCACAAUGCCGCCUCCGCCGGCGUCUGUGGCCACGCCUACGGCCGCCGAGUCAGCGAACGGAGGCGCAGCUGCGCCAGUCGCGCCGUCCCCGUCUGGAAACGCGGGGCCGAUGCGCUCGCAACUCCGCGCAGACGCCGUUGAGUUCCGGCCGGCCGCCACUACGGCAGCCGUGGUUCCGGGCUCCUUCAAGGGCGCGAGCGGCGGCGUUCAGGCCGCUCCGCCAGCCGCGCCCGCAGGUGGGGUGCAACACUCCGGCGCCGCUGGCGCCACACCAGCUUCUCCCUCCAGUGUGGGCCUCUCGGGCGUCAAUAACGGCGCGACCCCCGCAUCGCCUUCCUCCGCUACUACGUACAAUAGCACUCACCAGUUCAACCGAAACGCUCAGGAGUUCGUUCCGGGCCGCCCUUUCGUGGUCUAUCCGUCAUCACCGUCGCCGCCGGGCGCGCCGCCUCCGCCCAUGGCCGGCGCGCUCGCGCGCUCUGCGCCCGCGCAGGCUGCGGGGCUGGGCCCCGCAACCGCGCCGGGCGCCACCCAAAACGUGGGCGUCCCGCCGGUCCCCGGAGUCGUGCGGGGCGCCUCGCCGCCCGCGGGGGCCCCGGCAACGCUGCCGGGGUACGCGCCGCAGGUCGUUGGACGCGGUGCAGGGCACCUGGCCCCGGGCGCGCACCAUUCGCAGCCCUUCAUUCCGGUGCCGGGCUCCCUCCACUUUGCGCCGAUGCCGCACCCGGUGCCGGCGCAGUUCGCGGCGCCCAUGAAUGGCGCGCUCUACGCGGGGCAGCCUGCGCCGGGUCCGGUCGACCACCUGGUGGUUGCCGCCGUUGGCGCGCAGUCUGACGCCGCGCUGGCCGCCCAGCUCCAUGACAAGGCGGCCACAGGGGCGGCAGUCCCCGCGUCCUUUGUAUACCCGUACGCAGCCCCGCAUCCCCACCUCGUGGGACCAGGCGGCCCGAACUGCCCGCCCAGCGAGUUUCUCGGCGUCGGCGCGCCCUAUACUAUGGGCAGCCCCGCGACGGGACCCGGCAGCGGCUUGGGCCGAGGCGGGCGGGGCGGCCGCCUAGGCAGGGGUGGACGCACGGGCGACAUGGUCAACUACAGAGUGAGUGGCGGAGCCGGCCGCGGCACGGGCCGCGGCAUUCCGAAUGCGCCCGGCGGCUCUGGCCGCUUGCAAGGCGGCGCGCCGCACCACGGCCGAGGAGGCGCCGCGGCUGGACCGACUCAGGCUGGCGGAGCCCAGGGCGCCGCUUGGGGCGGCCAACAGGGUGGGGGCCAGGCCUUGGGUGGCCCGCUAGGAAGGACCAGCCACCAAGGCGCCGGCGCUGCCGGCGCGUCGAAGGCCUCAACAGCAGGGGUGAGUGAGGAGGUGAAGAGCCAGCCACCGCCUCCACCGGCUGCAGCGCAAGGGACAACGCGGAUGCCUGCAGGGACUUCUUUCCGAGACAAAUUGAUGCAGGGCAACGCGAAGACAACAGAGCAUGCCGAGGGCGCUCCGGGUGCGUCUCCAGCCCCGGCAAAGACAGGCGCAACUUCGGGUGCGCAGGAGCGGGCAUUGCCUUCGUCUUCUCUGACGCCGACAAGCACAAGUGGGACAGGGACUGCGGUCGGCGGAGGCGCCAGCCCUUCCGGUUCUUCCACCAACGACGGCACUCGGUCGCCGGUGUGCAGCGGCACAGGCGCCGUUCCCGAGGCGACGAAGACGCGCCCUGCGACCGCGCCGGGCGCGGGCGCUCUUUCGGCAACGCCCGGCAGUCUGUCCUACGCCGGAGCGGCUGCAGGCGCGGCCGGAGCCAGUCGCCCGUCCUCGGUGCCUCAGAAGCUUUCUGAGGAGGCUCCGAAGCAAGGCAAGACGUCUCCAGAGAAGGGAACCCCGAGAGCGACUGGUGGGACUGCGGCUACGCCCUCGUGGAGUCAGAAGGCGGGAAGCGCGGCUGCGCCUGCAAAGGAGAACGCGGCCCAGGCAGCUGCUGGAUCUGCGACGGCGACGAAGGAGAACGCGGCAUCGACUCAGACGAGACGCAGCAGCCAUGCCGAGUGUGCUACGCCGUCGCGCAGGGGCUCCAUUCGCCCUGCAACGCCUGUGGUUUCUGCGGGUCAGGGCCGGAAUCGAGCCGGUGAAGCGUCACGGCCUCGGGGCUCUGAUGCUUCAGACAACGCACCGGUGCGAGGGCAAGAGGCCGCACCCGAGCAAGAAGCUGUGGAGAAGAGUACUGGCGAGUCCGCGACUACGGCGCCUCAGGGCCCACGCAGCUGGGCAGAGCGGAUGAAGACGAACGCCAGCAAGCCGGUCGUCGUUACGCCUUCGCCUAGCGCGAGGAAGUCGCCUGCGAAUGCCUCCUCAACAAACGGGGGCAGCGGCGCGGCUGCUCGCGCUGGCGCCUCUCCGGUGUCCCCAGCGACCAAGAGCGGCCUCGGCACCGGCCGCGGAAGAGGCGACGCGCCGAUGUCCCCGGAGUCGACUGACCAGCAGGGCUCCUCUCAGACUCAGGCUGUAGAGAAGAAGAGAGAGCAGAGCGUGGAGGUCCCGAGCGCAUCAGCGCCGGCCCCUGGCAAGCCGACCGGAUGGGCAGCGCGCGUUUCGGCGCCGAGCCCGCAACCUGCGGCGACCGCGGCCGCGCCAGCUGCUGAGAAGACGGAAAGCGUUUCUAAAGAAGUGGGCCGUGAGGGCGACAACGAAGCAGUCGCGAACUUUGUGCGGGGGUCUCGGGAUGACACCAAGGUGGCGAAGGCUGAUGGAAAGAAGGAAGUGGCUUCAGCAGGCGAAGCCGCGAGCGCGGUGGAAUUAUCGCAGGAGGUAGCCGAAGCUGCCGCGUCGACAGCGGCGCCUAGCGGUCCGAUGACUUGGGCUGAGCGAGCACGACGCGUGAAGGAGAAGCCUGUGCCUGUGGCGGAGCCCGCGAAGCCUUCGCCGCCUUCCUCGGGAGGCGAGACGGUGUCGGAGGCCCGCGGCUCCGCUGGGGGCGCAGGCAAGCACGAUGCCCACCGGCGCGGCGAGAAAGACCGCCGAAGUCGCGAAGAAGGACGAGGAAGCACGAGCCAUGGUUAUGCCGAACGCGCGGGCCACCACCGCCGCGAGCAUCACCGCGACCACCAUCGCGGCAGUCGGGGCGAAGCCUCCGAAGAGGCGGCAGGCCCCGCUGCAAGCCUCCAAGGCCAGGCGCACCACGCCCAUGAAGGAGCGCAGCAUCGCCAAGGUCGGGGCGGCAAUGGCGCGGAGCCACAGGCGCCCGAGAGCCAGCCGACCCAAAGCACGCAGCCUCAGGGCAGCGCCGGGGCGGACCAAGAAGGUGGUGCUCGAAGGCGUGGAAGUAACGCUGGUGCUGUAGCGCUGCCUGCAGGCGAUGGCAAAGUUGCGGAGACCGCAGGCCCACAGAAACCCGCUGGAUGCUACGCCGCAGUUGUGGCGGCGUCGCAGCCGGCUCAGGCGCCGCGGCGCUGGGGUCCUCAGGCGGGCCAGCAGCCCCAGGCGCAGCAGGUGGCAGGCGGCAAGCCUGUCCAGGCCGCGUUCGAAGAGGCCUCGACCCCCGCGAUCCCCGCAGGCGACAAAGGGACGCGACCGGCUCCUGGAGGCGCCUGGCGCGCGCAGUCCGCUGCCGCGGUUGGCGGGAGUGGUGGGUCUGCUGCAGCCGGCGAGGGCCAAUGCGCGGCCCGCGAUGCUGCAGGCAAGGAGGAGGAACCGCACGUUCUCUGGCCGCGGAAUCGGCCGAAGCUGAAGAAGGUCGUUGUGGAGCAGGAGGAGGAGAAAGAGGCCCCGCUGCUCCCAGGCCAGGAACAGAAGUUCGCGCUACCACAGGGUCGGAAGGACCAACUGCGGGCUGAGGAGCGCCGCCGCGCGAAGCAGCAGGUGCUGAAGCAGGAAGAGGAAGACGACGAGGCGGCUGCGAUGCAACCGUCACCUGAGGCACACGGUCCGACCGUUGGAGCCUUGGGAGUUGCCGGAGGCUUCUUGCCGCCUCCACCUUGUGUCAUUCCUCCUCCGCCCCCCACAGGCGGCGCCCCAGUCUCUUCGCGCGGGUUUGCGACCACCGCGAGCCUCGUCGGCUCGGUGUUUUCGACGCCGACCACCCUAGAGCCACCAGAGCCUGCCGCUGCACCGGCGAUGUCUCAGAACAGCAGCGCUGUCUCCCUCGUCGCCUGUGUCUCCUCAGCCGACGUGCAGAAACCCGUGCCGACGGUGGUUGUGGAGGCGCCCGCGGAGCCGAUGGGCUUUGCGGUCUCGCUCGCGAAGAAGGAGACUGGCGCAGAGGCUGCGAAUGUCGUCACCAAACUCGGCAACUUGCCACCCGUCAGCGCAGGUUUCACCGAGCCUCCCCCUCCGCCCCCGCCGUCUGAGGACGCGUUUCUCGGUCAGGCGAUGAAGGCUGAGAUGUACCACAAACUGUCUCCGCGUGGGCGCAGACCCUCGGACAUGUCUCCGCGCGCGAACCGCCAAGCGGCGAGGGACGAAUGCCGGAGUGGCAGGGCCUCCAGGAGCCCCCGCGGUGACAACGGCCAGGGGCGCAGGUUGUCGGCGUCGCAGGUCCAGAAAGAUUUGGAGCUGGAAGCGAAGCGGGAAUCCCAUCUGUCUCCGCGGGCCGCGAGCCGGUCUCCGCGCUCUCUGAGGACCCACUCUCCAGCCUCGGGCUCCGCUUCGCCCCGGGACGCGAGUCCCCAGGCCAACAGGCUGCUUCUCCCUGAUGGCGCGGUCGCCCAGAGGGAAGGCCAGAGAUCGCGCGCGGACUCAGCGCAUUCGUCGUCGCCUCGCAGAAGGUGCUCGCGCGCCGCUUCGCCCGCGCCUGUCCCCCCGCCGCUGCCAGCCGCUGGCGAGUUCGGAGACAGUCCCGCCGCGAGCGCCGGCUCAUCGUCGCCUUCGGACUUCCCAUCGCCUUCUACCCCAGGCUCUGCGACGCACCGGCAGCCUCUGGCGCCGUCCAGCACGCGGUCUGCAGGCGAGUCUCCAGACGCGUUGUCCUCGCCUCAGAGCAAAGCAAGUUCUUCGCCGCCCUCCGCGUCGUCGCUUCUCAGCGACGGCCCGUCGCGCAGCGCUGCGAACGGGCCAGUCUCCGCGCAAGGCUCGGGGGACGCCUGCGCGGGACUGUACUCGAAGCGGCUGUUGGUGGCGUAUCGCCUGAGCAAGCAAGCUGCGUCGGUCCCGGCGCUGAUCUCGAUCUGCGCCAUGUCGCAUGCAGCGGCGACGCAGCAGGUCCAGCCGGGCGGGGACUUCUGGCAUCACGGGCGCCAAGGCCACGGCGAUGAUUCCUGGAAGAGCGGCGGCCGCGGUGGGUCGGGUCGGACCGGCGGCGACGGCCUUCUGCAUGCGAUGCACCGGAAGAACGAGGGGAAACGCGCGAUGGGAUCCGGAUCUCAGGUCGGGAACCGCAACGAAGACGGCUGGCGCGUCGGCGACGGAAGCCACAGCCGCCAGGCUGACGGCGGCCGCGGCUCUGGGUCCCUCAGAGACUGGCGCCGCGGCGAGGACAGCCGUGGCGGCUUGAGCGCCAUGGCCGGUGGCCUCGGCGGCUUCUUCAACCAAGAGCGCCCCGACCCUGGCGAGUUCCGACGCAUGCAACAGAGUCUUCCGCCGCCCCCGUCUCAUGCCAUUCUCAAGGCCUCUGAAAGUUCCUGGGUCAAGAAACAAGCCGAACAGAAGAAGGACGAGCAGCAGCAACUGCUGCGUCGACUGAAGGGCCAUUUGAACAAGCUGACGCUGGAGAAGUUCGAGAAGCUGUACCCGCAGAUCCUGAACGCAGGCAUCAAGGAGAAGGAGGAAGUUAAUGCCCUCAUGAAGAUGGUUUUCGAAAAAGCUGUGUCUCAGCACCACUUCAUCCAGAUGUACGUCCAACUCUGCUCCAGGCUGAAAGACGACUUGAAGCAGAUCCUCGCCGAUGAUGCCAAGGGAAGCUACUUCCGUCGCAUCUUGAUCAACCAGUGUGAAGACUCGUUCGUGGCGAACUUGGAGCCAAUGCGGGUGCCCGAGGGACUGGACGAGGACGAGGCCUUCGAGUUCGCUCAACUCUACAAGGCGCGAAUGAAGGGCAACAUGAUCUUCGUCGGAGAGUUGCUGAAGAGCCGCAUGAUUUCUCACAGGAUUCUCCUGGAGUGUAUCGACAGACUGCUGCAGAAGCGCCUGGAAUGCAUCGACAUAUCCGGAGGCGAAGACCAGGGCGUUCCUCACAUGGAGGCACUCUGCGCCUUCCUCCACACUGUGGGUCCUUUCUUCGAGAACCCAAAGUGGAAGUUCUACGAGGAGUUCUGCGAACGGAUCAAGGUCGUCCAGAAGCUGCAGAAGGAUGAGUCUCUGCCUUUCCGAGUUCGCUGUCUCUUGAAGGACGUUCUGGACAACCGAGCAGAGAAGUGGAGAAAGAAGUUCGCGGCUACGAAGGAGGGUCCCACUCGGCUCUCAGAGCUCCACCAACAAGCCCAGCUCGAACAGCAACAGCAGCAAUACAGCGCAGGCAUCCUCGGCGGCAAGGGACGAGGCUUCGACACCCGCGGAGGCGACGAUGGCGGCUGGGAGAUGGCCACUAGCAGACGUGGAGUCGGCCCCGCGAAGGCGAAGCCUGGCAUGAAUCCGAUGCCGAUGAACGCGAACUCCCGGAUGGGUGGCGGAGAGACCUCGAAGCCCAUGAGCGCGUUCAGUGCCCUGGGUCGCAUGCGGUCGGAGAGGGAGAAGGAGAGAGAGUCUGGUCGUGACGACAACUUGCGCCGAGAGAAUUGGGGAUCGAGUUUCAGCAAGAGAUCGCCUGCGAAUGCCAGUGCGUCUGCCACUCCUGUAGAUGCAAGUUCUUCGCAUACAGGUUCUGCCUCAGGGCCAAGUUCGCUCCUCGGCCGAGCCCCUGCUGAGCCAUCGUCGCCUGCGAAGGACAGCAGCCGUCGCAAGAGUGGUGGCGAGCCCGCGGCACCGAAGACCAGCAGUGGAACCGCGCCGAUGUCUGAAGAGCAACAAGUUGCUGCAGCUCGCUCUGAGAUGAAGGAUCUCGUUCAGUCCAUGGACCUCAACACUGCUCUCGAGAUGUUGAAGGAAAUGAACCUAUCCCAGUCGGUCCACAAGGAGAUCUUUGAUGAGUGGCUGAAGUAUUCGAUUGAGGCCCUCGUGGCGGACAAGGAGCAUGUGAACAAGCAACGAGCAAUUGCCUUCCAGCUUUUCGUUCAAGUUUGCCAGAAAGGCAUCUUGCAGGCGGAAGCUCUCAAGGCUUGCUUGAAGCAGUUCAUGUCGAACAGCAGCGCCGAAGAGGGUGAAGACGGAGAGGCUGUCGAGGACAGUCCAUACAGCGACCUAAAGAUCGACGUACCGCGUUUGACCGACUUCAUGAAGGAGUUCCUGCAGACGUUGGAAGCUGCAGACCCUGAGCACCAAGUUCUGAGCACCAGCACCCUGGACGAUUUGAAGGGCAAGCUGUGA